AUGCCGCGCGCUCUCAAGGACCUCAGAGACUACCUCGCGGUACUCAAGCGCCCCGACGCCAGGUCCGUCACCGUGUACAGGAAGACCCGCAAGGGCGGAGUUUUGCUCACCAAGUUCAAGGUGCGCUGCUCCAAGUACCUCUACACCCUGACGGUGCCCAACCAGGCCAAGGCCAACAAAAUUGAGGCCUCGAUUCCGAGCCACAUCAAAAAGUUGGUCGUAGCUGCCAAGAAAAAGUGA